AUGAGAUUCUUCCAAUCCGGCAACUCGCUUGCCACAUUUGCAGCAAGUUUGCUGCUGGUAAACUUGCCUGUAUUUGUGAGCGCCGAGCCAAAUCCCGUCAUUGGCAAACCCGUGUUCAACCACCCUCCCGGAAACGAAAAGGAACAAUAUGCAAUCUUUCAGCAACUUGCUCGAAUCAUCGAUCGAGUCCCCAAGGGGGAAUCCAUUGAAAUGUCAUGGUGGGGAUUCGUUGCAAGCUGGACGAGCGACACUGAAAACAAGCCCAACCUUCCAAAACGUCUAAUCAACGCACACAACCGAGGCGUCAAUGUUCGAAUCAUCCUCGACAAUAACCACAAUUUCGGGGGUCAGGGAAACUCCAAGCUGUACCCGUACAUAACGCUCGCCAAGGCACUGGGAACCAAGGACACGGCCAGGUCGUAUAUCCUAGUAUGCCCAAACGCAAAAGGCUGCAUCGCCAAGCGAAAGGUCGCAGGAUCAUACGCCUUUAACCACAAUAAGUUCCUUCUUGCUAGCCGUGUUGUGCUCGACGGUGGCGCUGUCGUCCCCAACGUUGUGUUCCAGUCCUCAGGCAACUUGGGGCCGUGGGACGCUGACACUGUUUGGAAUGAUGCUGUUACCUGGAGCGAGACUUCUUCCUUUAAAGACUACCGCAAGUACUUUUCUGACUUGCGUGCUAACUAUAAUGGCCCUGGGAACGAUAAUUACUACCGAGUUGGACCAGAAUCCGAAACGUAUCAGACAUACUUCUUCCCACGCAAGGAAACCAACGGCAACUAUCGACAAACCUCAACGGACACGAUCGUCAACAUUCUCAACUCAGUUAAAUGCACAUACGUGAGCAAAGAGGACGGCAAGAAGCACCAGACAAAUAUACGCAUUCUCAUGUGGGCAAUCAGACGUCUUGCUAUCGGAGAAAAGCUGGCGUCUCUUGUCCGAGAUGGGUGCAAUGUCGACAUCGCAUACAACGCCAUGAGUCCCGAAGUUUCCAAAGCAUUGAAAAACACUGGCGGGAAGAAGAUUGGUGUGACUAAAUGCGCGGUAGCUUAUCAGGGGCGUACGUUGUGGCCUCAUACCAAGUAUAUGUUGAUUGAGGGUGAAUACGAGGGUCAUCAGGAACCAUGUGUCAUUACUGGCAGUCACAACUAUGAGAUGAGCGCUUUGCGAAACGCUGACGAAGCUAUGGUUUGCAUACGCAGUGCUAGUAUGCACUCGGCGUAUCUUCGUGACAGCUUUGAGAAGGUUCGGGAUAUGUGUAGUGGGAAGACGAAGCCGUGA